AUAACCUAGAGGUGGGCGACUUUAGCGGUGGGGUCAGUGCCAUGGCGGAGCCGGUGAGGAAACGGGGCCGGCGCUCCAGAGGCGGCGGUGUCGGCCGAGGAACUCGGGGGGCCCGGGGCCGGCGACCUGGCGCCCAGCGGUGUCCAGCCCGGCGCUCCGUGGAGACGGUGCUUGUGGACUUGGUCAGCGACAGUGAUGAGGAAAUCUUGGAGGUUUCAACGGCGCGUGGCUCCGCGGACCCGGUCGAAGUCUCGCUCCCGGAGUCCCCCGUGCCGGUCGCGCCCCCCGACAACCGGGACGACAGCGACAGUGACAGCGAAGGGGCGGACGCACGGCCGGCUGGAGCCCCUCCGCCCCUGGUCCGGCGGCGGCGGCGGCUGCUGCUGGAUCCGGGGGAGGCACCGGCGGUUCCGGUGUACUCCGAGAAGGUGAAGAGCAGCCUCCAGCUCAUCCCAGAUCACCUGCCCCUCCUGAAACUCUGUCCCCCAGGGGCUGAGGAAGAGGGGGAUAUGGCGGACUCUAGCAGUCCCCAUGCUGAGGAUCUCCCAGGCCCAGACUCUCCCUGGAAGAAGAAGCUGAGGAGCAAGGCUGAGGAAGAAGAAGAGAGAAGGACGGUGUCUCUGUCUCAGGACACCUCUCCUGUGCCCUCACCUCUGCCAAGGACCAAGAGCAGAAAACAUUCUCGAGCUCUCCAGAAGUUAAGGGAGGUGAACAAGCGCCUCCAGGAUCUUCGCUCCUGCCUGAGUCCCAAGCAGCGUCAGGGCCAGGACCCCCUGAGCCAAGACGAUGAGGUGGUCCUUUUGGAGGGGCCCGUUCUCCCAAGGAGCCCUCGACGCUUCCAGCUCAAAGUCCGGUGCCGUGCUGACCUGAUCAGAUUGCCCGUCACCAUGUCGGAGCCCCUACAGAGUGUGGUGGACCACAUGGCCACCCAUCUCGGGGUGUCCCCAAGCAGGAUCCUCUUGCUCUUUGGAGAGACAGAGCUGUCCCCUACCGCCACCCCCAGGACCCUAAAGCUUGGAGUGGCUGACAUCAUUGACUGUGUGGUGCUGGCGAGCUCCCCCGAGGCAGCAGAGACCGCCCACCUGCUCCAGCUGCGCGUGCAGGGGAAGGAGAAGCACCAGACGCUGCAGGUCUCGCUGUCCCGAGACACCGGUCAUGUUGCAUUAGUGCCCACCCUAAUCCAGAAUGACCUCAUCUUAACUUGGUUACAUCUGCGAAGGCCCUACUUCCAAGACUCUCCUCUCAAGACCCUCAUGUCCCACUACGAGGAGGCCAUGGGACUCUCCGGCCACAAGCUCUCCUUCUUCUUUGAUGGGACAAAGCUUUCGGGCAAGGAGCUGCCGGCUGAUCUGGGCAUGGAAUCCGGGGACCUCAUUGAGGUCUGGGGCUGAAACCCCACUCCCUGUUGGGAGGCCCUCCUGGGACCCCACUACUGGACCUGGAUGACAGCUGUCCUGUGGCCCGGAAGGGCUAGCGGAAGCUGAGGUAGAACUCACCUUUAAGCGGAAGCAAAACCGAGGCUCGGUAUUUGCCCCCUCUCCUGUUGACUAGUUUCACACUGUUAGUGCCCUGCUGAGUUGUGCUUGUCAUUGCUGCCGGGGUGCACUGUGGCUCCAUGCACAUGGUGUGCUGAGCUUUGCGACCCCCCGCUGGGACAUCCCCCCCCCCCCCUUUUCACUUCCACCAUCACCCUUUCCUUCACUGGACUGCUCAUGUUUGAAGAGGGAGUGGAAAUAAAUGAGGGUUGAGAAUGGGAUUCCAGCCCUGGGAUUGACGCCACCUAGGACAGCAGUGGCGUAGUGUCAUUUGGGGAUAGGUGGUGAGGUUUGCUUGAGGCACACACGCAGGAAAAGAAAUGAUCCAGCUCACACAGGCAGGAGCUUAGCGCAGGCAGACGGGGCUACUCAGUGAAGGAUCUCGAAGGUUCUCGGCCUUGGAGUCCAGCGCACCCAGGUCCUUUAGAGCCCCUUCCUGCGGCGCACACAUUGUUGAGGGCAUAACUGAGCACAGGAAGCCUUUGUUUUGGACCUCAGGUCCUAGUCCAUGCAAGGAUCUCAUGAGGGCCCUGGUUUCAUGGCUUUUCUCCCUUCACGCCAUCCUUUCCCAUAAGCACCCACUCUAGGAUGUCGAUUACCUGUCUCUGAAUAUGAAUGUAUCCUUGUAAACGCAGUGCCGCACAUGUGAAUACCCUUCUUAUGUACGUGGUGUGCUGUGAUCUGUGCGGCUCCUUUUCUCACCCAACACGUGUUGCUUGUUUUACAUCGACCUCGUUGCUUUGAACAGCUCUGCGACAUUCCACAGUGGGCGUCGCCCGUGUGUCACGUACGUGUUCACUGGUGGCCCCCUAGGUGACUCCAUCCCUCGGUACCUACAACCCCUUGGCACAUAGACAAAGCCACGACGAAUACCCUGUUGUGUCCCCUUCCACGCUGACGUGGCAAGUUCUCUGGCAUAGACACCAGGAUGGGUUAUGGGCCAGGUUAAUUUCUCUGUUCUACCAGAGUUUUCUUUAGAUGGUCACUGACCCUCCACUGGUCGCUCCCCAUUUCUCCCUCCCACACUGGCACUUUGAUUGCCCAGUUCCUCUUUUUGCCAGUCUGCUGGGUAUAAAGUGGCACUGUGUUUUAAUGACAUUCAUUUCAUUCCCAGGAAUUUAGGAAAUUUCUUCAUGUACCUGUCAGCCUUUCUGGUUUCCCUUUCUGUAAGCUGUUCAUUUCUUUGUUUAUUCUCAAGAGUUGCUCGUAUAUUCCUGGGCAGUUGCAAAUAACUCAGAAUGGCACUUGGGUUUAUAUAUCUAGGAGUGCCCUUUACUGAACGGACAUUUUUAAUUUUAAUUUAGGUGAAUGAACUGUUUUGUUGUAAUUUGUUGCUCUUUGAUUUAUUUAAAAGUAGGUAAGAUAUUUUGCAUUUUCUUUUGUUAGCUUACUGGCUCUUCCUUUCUUUCUUCUUCUUUUUUAAAAAUAUUUUUUAUUGUUUUUUACAGAGAGGAAGGGAGAGGAACAGAGAGUUAGAAACAUCAGUGAGAGAGAAACAUCGAUCAGCUGCCUCCUUCACCCCCCCCACUGGGGAUGUGCCCGCAACCAAGGUACAUGCCCUUGACCGGAAUCGAACCUGGGACCCUUCAGUCAGCAGGCUGACACUCUAUCCACUGAGCCAAACCGGUCAGGGCCUGGCUCUUCCUUUCACGUGUAGGCCACGAAGUGGGGCUGAAGUCCAGCUGGUGCGCACCGGCACUGGCCGUGGCUGGUGUCUGCCUGCAUGGUUACACAUUUCUUCUCGUUGGUUGAUUCCAGGCUGUACUGGCUGCUAGAUAGUGAGGAUGACUUUUCAACUAUUUAAAAUUCACAUUUGCAUAUGAGAUCCAAGUCUUAUUUUCAUUACAUAAUGAGCCAGUUUCCUCAGUGUCUACUAAUAAAGCCAUUAAUUUUCCACUAGAUGUGGUAUAAUUUUGGCAAUAGUGUAUCACAUUCUUAAAAUAUUUUUUGUUAGAAUGUGGCAUUCUUUUGACCUUGUAUUGUAGGAAAGAAACCUUUAUAACAUUUAAAUAAUAUAUAAUACAGUAUAGCUCUCA